CGAACAUAGAACUGGUCUGUAGGGCAGAGAUUUGUCCGCAGUGCUCGAGGCGCUGUCGUUAAUAAUGCUUUUAUGUUAGUGUCUUGUCAGAUCAGGGGAUAGCCUAUACAGCAUGUCACCUGAACGGUAAGUCCAGGUUAUGUGGCAAAAACGCGUUCGUGUCGCAAACAAACCCUCCUAGAUAUGACGCAGUGUGCGUGCGUACAGAAAAGUUAAAUUCUUUUCUUACUGAAAACUAGCUUUAUUUGCAGUCCAGCCCGUCCAUGUUACUUGUAUAUUCACCUCUGAGAUGAAACUCCCUGAGAUGAUAAUAAUACAGGUAUAUAUGACUGGCGUUCUCCGCUGAGUCUAGAUGACAUAUUAAAGGACUGCUGAAUGAGUUUGAUUUGUGGGGGUUUACUUAGACGUUACGUGGAGACGCCAGUGACUCUGAACUAGUGCCCAGUCACUGCCAGUCUGCCAGCGCACGUCAGAUCACAUACCACGUAUAUGUACUGUAAAUAACACUCACACCGGUCUUACCGCUGUUAUACUAGGACGAUUGUGAGACCAGCUCUACCGCAAGUUUUCGCUGUUUUGGUUUAAUAUUCGUGAAUGAGAGGUCGUCUUGGUGAAAACCGGGGUCCAGUGAGUUCACAACUACCUGCUGUCAGAGGCCUCCGGGAAUCUGCAGAGCGGGAAGCUCUAAACACGUUUAGAGGUAUAAAAUAAGGACAUACAUGUGUAAGGCUUUCGUAUAGAGGGAGGCGAGGAUCUAAAUACCCCAGAUGUACGCGCUCAAACAGGUGUUCUGUUGACUAGCGGAUGAAACUCGGCGGUGUCGGGCAGCGCCACCAGGUAAGACGACGGAUGCGGGAGACGCAAGGAUGCGCUGAUUGCUAGACGGACAGCGUUCAGGACCUGAACAAGCCUUAUACAAAACUUACUGGACUUUACAAAGGGUAACGAAAGCAGCGAUUACUGAGAUACAUCAGUAUAAGUGUUAGCAGCGGCGGGAAAAUUUCGAGGAAUACCGCAAACCUUGGGCACAUAACACGUUGGAUAUCGUGGCCAUCUUGGAAUUUAGUUGAUGUUAUUCGUGAUUGGCCGAGAAAGAAAAUAAAAAUCUAAAAAGGGCCGCCUGUCAUUGUCAGUUGAAGAAGAAUCUUUCCAGGAAUAUUUUGACCAAUUGUUUGAAGAGAGUGGUAUCACAUGAUUUAUUAGUAAUUGGGAAGAAAAGUAACGACCUAGCAUUAUUCAAGUGAUUGUUAGGGAAACUGCAAGUCGUUUGAAGAACAGAAAAUCAAGCCUUGUACAUUUGUGGUGUCGUCUAACCCGUGAACGAAGGGUUAGAAUUUAGUGUCUGGGUAACCACGACAGAGGGACGUGGAAAUGUAGCCAGGGCAUGUUAGCGGAACGCUUCGUCACUACAGGGAAACUCGGCCCUAUGUCACCGAGAAGGCUUGAAUCAGCGGAGUGGCCACGACAGGAGUGUGAAAUAUGACAGAAUGACAGAAAUAUGAAAGGAUCGAUGUACUUACUUAUCAACGCCUUAAUUGGACAGAUCGCCCUUCCGUUGACGUCAGCCUCUGAUUGGUCACACUGGAGCGAAUGGAGCCCGUGCUCACGCAGCUGCGGGGGUGGCGCCGCCUACCGGAUCCGAAAAUGUCUGGGAAAGACGGAGAGCAGCUGCAACGGGGACAGUAUGGUGUACAAAACAUGUGAACACAAGCCUUGCCCCCCAGGGUCUGUAGACUUCAGAGCUGAGCAGUGUACUGCUUAUGACGAAGUACCAUUCAGGAAUAAGGACUUUAUCUGGUUACCGUACUACGACAACAACAACAGGUGCGCUCUGAGGUGUAAGGCUAAAGGAUAUAACUUCGUUGUGACCCUGUCCCCGAAAGUCCUAGACGGGACCAAGUGUGAAGAGACGGGCAGGGAUAUAUGUAUCAACGGCAAGUGUGAGCUCGUAGGCUGUGAUGAUGAACUGGGCUCCACGAAGUCUCUGGAUAAGUGCGGCGUUUGUGGCGGUGACGGCACGAGUUGUCUCCCUUCUCUGAGUAGCUCGGGUGGGUUUGAAUGGCGUUUGACUGGUUACAGCCCGUGUUCUGUGACGUGUGGGGUGGGUAUACAUCACGUGACGGCCGUGUGCGAGGACAGCUCUACCAGGCUCAUCGUGGACUCGGAGAACUGUGCCCAUCUCACUCAACCUGCCGCUGUCAAGCAGAAAUGUAUUCAACCGAGAUGCAUCGUACCGGAAUGGUUUGAGGGAGAAUGGCAGGAAUGUUCUAAGUCGUGCAACGAAGGAGUGCGCAGGCGUCAUGUUUACUGUGCUGAAAUCACGGAAAAUGGCGGACAUCGACGCAUUCCGGAUACGCAUUGUGCACAGUCCAGGCCACCAACCACGGGACCCUGUAAUACUGAACGUUGUCCCACCUGGUACGCCGGGGAAUGGUCUCCGUGUACAGCCACAUGCGGAGGUGGAAGUCAAUAUCGUGAGGUGAUCUGCCGCCAAAUGGCAGGGCACGCGUGUGAUGAGGCUGCCAAACCUCAGGCCAUCCGCAAAUGUACGGCUACUGUAGCAUGUAAGGGACCUACAGACGCCCCUGAUUCAGCAACAACAGCUGCACACAUUAUCCAUCUCGUGGAGGACGACAGACAAGAGAUGAAAAUCGCUCAGCAAAACUCCAAGCAUGACGAGAGUAACGCAAAUUUAAAAGCAACCACAUCGCCAAGCUUCGUUGUUUCGUCAUGGAGUCCGUGUAGCGCGUCCUGCGGCACUGGGGUGAAGACGCGGACGGUCACCUGUGAGGUGUUCCUCACUUACCUGGACCGGAUAGAGACGCUGCCGGAUAUUGACUGUAAUGGUAAGAAACCUGUUAGUGAGAAGUGGUGUUAUGCAGGCUCUUGUAACAGUACCAACAACACUCACGAUAUCAGCUGGAAUGAUCUGCCCAGUGACCACAGCCGAGAUGCCUACAGCUGGAGAUACGGAAACUUUACUCCCUGCAGUAAAAGUUGUCUUCGAGGUCGACAGGACUCGAUGGUAGACUGUGUCCUGAAUCUAGACGGUAUGGUGGUUAAUCCCAAGUUCUGCUCCGCUCUCCCGGGCCUUCAUACCAUAUCCAGAGUCUGCAAUGACAUAGCCUGUCCGCCAAGGUGGGAGAUUAGUGGGUUUGGUCGGUGCUCUGUGAAGUGUGGGGGAGGUAUCAGUCGGCGGCCUGUGCGGUGUGUCCAGCAAAUGGCCCCAGGGGAGGAGAACGUUGUGAUGGUGGAUGAGAGCCAGUGUACCGGGGCUAAGAGGCCAGAGACAGAAGAGCCGUGUAACGAACAUCCGUGCCCCGCAAAAUGGCGCACUGGCAAGUGGUCACAGUGCUCGAUGCCCUGUGGUGGAGGGUUACAGACGCGGGAGGUGAUCUGUGAAAAAUUAGUGCUGCAUAAUAAUUACGUCAUAGUGCCAGAGAUAGAAUGUCCUGGUGAAGAGAAGCCCGUACGGAGGAGGUGGUGUGUGACAGAUUGUACCAACAGAACACCCAAGAUAAGGACGGAAAACAGCACCUUUAUACAAUUUACCUCCACCAAAAAGAUAGUGCUCAAAGUGGGUGGAAGUGCUUUAAUUCUUCCAGGCGCAACAGUGGUUGUGAAGUGCCCUGUGCGCAGAUUCAACCGAAACUUGAUAUUGUGGUAUAGACAAGGUCGUGUAGUACAAUCCAAGGGCAGGGUGAAAGCCUUGAAAAACGGAGCUCUCCGCAUUAGGAGGGCCAAAUUGUACUCUGAUUCCGGUAAAUACAUGUGUGUGGCGUCGGGCGUCAACGCCAGUAUAGAAAUACAAUUCCAGACAAGGACUGAGGCGAAACAAAAAGCCAAAGUGAGACAGAAAUAUUUAGACACUAUUGCCCACAGCCGGGAAUUUAAUAAACUAUUUAAACAGUCAUUAAAACUGUCAAGUAGAAUUCCUUGGAAAGAUCAACCAGGAAUUGUGAAAGAUGAGAGCUACGCGAGCAGCUCCGCACAAACUAUGUUCGUGGCCGGUGAUUGGUCACCGUGUUCGAAAUCGUGCGGUGGAGAAGGCAUACAGCAGCGGAAGGUGACGUGUGAGGAAAUGAGCACCGGAUACACACGGAUUAUGUCAUUUCACAAAUGCAAAAAGAAAGGACUCGUACCCCCCGAAUCGGAGCGAAAAUGCUCCUCAGAUGAGAAAUGUCCUCAGUGGACAAGUGGUGAAUGGUCUCCUUGUUCCGACGAGGAAUGUGUUAAAGAUGGCUAUUCAGUGCAGAUUCGAGACGUUCAGUGUUCGUUCCAAAACGGCUCUGCAGCCAAAUCCAUUUUCUGUUUCCCCAACGUUCGCCCGACACACAGGCGGGAAUGUGAAAACAAGGACUGUAAAUCAGUCUGGGAAACAUCCGAUUGGUCAGAGUGUAUUCCGCCGUGCUCUGGCGCUGGUAAAAAGACCCGGAUGUUGUAUUGUGUCUGGGGGAAGAGUGGAUUACCGGCUGGCGUAAACUGCCGGAAGAAACCGAGGCCAGCUGUCACAAAGCCUUGCAGAACGAGGCUCUGUACGUUUGGAAACUGCCUUGACGAUUCCAAACAUUGCAGCUUGGUGAAGAUGCUUCGUAUGUGCAAAUAUAACAAUUUCAAGAGACGAUGCUGUAAAACGUGCUCUGAUUGGUUGUAAUACUGGAUCUUUUUUUCUUUUUUGGGCGUAAACAUUGCGCUUGUUUGUAUUUAUUCAACACACGGAUAUUGCGACGUGUAAUAAAUGUGACCUGAAGUGCUUUACUCAUUUCCACCGAGCUAUUCCUUGGGGAACGAAGUGUCGUGAGGGUGCUCGUGACGAUUUCCGUGAAAUAAUGUACAGAGUGUUGGACAAGGUCCUAGACAUGUGCUCCUAUACUGUACCUUGUAUGUGCAUAUAUGCCUGUAUCAUGCUAUGGGGAUUACAUUGACGUCUCCACGAACCAUGGUAUUGUACAGCGCUAGACCAUCAGUGAAUGACGUUCACAUCUUUGUCUAUGGAUCUGUACGAUAUUGUGCUAUAUUCAAACCGUAUGUGCUAUAUUCAUGUUCCAUAUUUUCCGUGAGUUAUAGCGACAAUAUAUCUGAGGACUAACGUUACAGAAAUCAGAGAUCUGAGCAAAACGAUUCAACAAUUAUCCGUGAUGUCAUGAUUGUGCUUGGCUGACGUUUAUUUCCAACCUUGUCGCUUUGAGGUGACAAGGUUGGAAUAAAACCACAAAGUAAUUAAUGUAAGAGGAAAUUGGUGAAGACAUAUUUAAACUCUCCAAAAUGACUUUGUAAUCAGCCAAACCAGGAAGACCCCAAUUUGACUGUAAUCAUGGACAGGCUAACUUUCUGCUUUUAAUUGCUGUUGUAUUGAUUUUUGUCGCUGUUUUGCACAGUUAAUUAAAUCCGUGAAAGAUGGCUUAAACACGUUGUUUGAAAUGCCAGUGAGAAUGGCAUACUAUCGUUCAUGGGAUUUCUUCCGAUUUAUUGAGAAUUCUACUCGGUGUGUUUGUGGUCAUGUUGCUAUAAUAAAUGGAUGAACGUAAUCUCUUCAAUCCACAGGAUUGACUGCAUAAGUGCAAAUGAUGCGCUUGAAGCAAAGUUGUGCGUCAAUCUUCAAACAGAAAGUUAUUGAAUCAAUAAGUGGUUAUGUAUACUGUACGUCUUAGUACGAAAGCAAUCUCUACGCUAAUAAAGAA